AUGGAGAAAUCCUCUUUGCUUCUCUGGAAGGGCUGCACCCCCUGGCAGGGGCUUCUGCUGACAGCUUGCCUUUUAACCUCCUGGCACCUGUCCACCACUGCCCAUGUGACCAUUAAAACAGUGCCACCCCAAGUGGCUGAAGGAGAAAAUGUCCUUUUCCUGGUUCAUGGUCUUCCAGAGAAUAUUAUAUGCUUUGCCUGGUUCAAAGAGCUAAGAAAUAUGAAACAAGCAAUUGCAGUAUAUGGAAUGCACAUCAAUUUAAGUGCACCAGGGCCUGUGCACAGUGGUAGAGAAACACUAUAUCACAAUGGAUCCAUGCUGCUUGAAAAAGUUACCCAGAAGGACAUAGGAUUUUAUACUCUGCGGACCUAUGAUAGAAAUGUAAAAAUCGUAUCAACAACAUCCACAUACCUCCAUGUGGACACUUUCCUUUGGAACUGUGGACGUGUUUCCACCUCUGCCCAGCCCACUAUUGAAUCAGUGCCGCCCAUUGUUGCUGAGGGGGGAAGUGUUCUUCUACUCAUUCACAAUCUUCCGGAGAAUCUUCAAGCCUUUGUCUGGUUCAAAGGAAUAAAUGUGUUCUGGAAACAUGAGGUUGCCCGAUACAGAAUAGAUGAGAAAUCAAGUAUAACUGGGCCUGCAUACAGUGGCAGAGAGGUGUUGAACAGGGAUGGAUCCCUGGUGCUUCACAAUGUCACUGGGAAAGAUGCCGGAUUGUACACUCUACGAAUUCUGUGUACAGAUUUGAAAAGUGAAGAAACUCAUGUGCAACUCCGGGUGAACACCUCCCUUUCUCCAUGCUGUAACCCUCUCAACUCUUCCCAGCUCAUGAUCCAACCAGUGCCUCGGUAUGCUACUCAAGGGAAAAGUGUUCUUCUCCAAGUUCAUAAUCUUCCAGAAGAUCUGCAAGCCUUUACCUGGUACAAGUCAAUAUAUAGGCUCCCAUAUUUUGAAAUUGUAGAAGAGAGCAUAGUCUUGAAUACUGUUACCUGGGGUGAUCAUUAUAGCGGAAGAGAGACUGUGUAUUCUAAUGGAUCCCUGCUGCUCCAGAACAUCACUGAGAAUGAUGCAGGAAUAUACACACUGGAAGUUUUGAAAAGUGAUUCCAAAGUUGAAAACGCAUAUGUGGAAUUCCAUGUAAACAAGAAUGUGGCACAGCCCUUUGUGCGCAUUACUAACAGUGUAGUCUCAUCAAACAGAGCUGUGGUCUUAAACUGUGUUUCACCUGACACUGAUAUCUCCAUCCGCUGGUUCUUCAAUAACCGCAGUCUGCGGCUCUCAAGAAGGAUGACUCUGUCACCAACAAAGUGUGGACUCAGAAUAGACCCUCUACGGUCGGAGAACUUUGGCGAGUAUAAGUGUAAGGUCUCCAACCGAGUCAGUUCAAAGACCAGUCUCCCAGUCCGGCUUCAGUGA